GGGCGAGCCCGGCAGUGGGGGGCCUCGCGCCCCCGGAGCUGGGGUCCCGGAAGUCCUCGGCCAGGGGGCCAGCGUGAUUCCGGACGGCGUCGUUCGGGCUCCCGGGACCCCGGCGAGGGGCCUGAACCGCCGGGGGUGUCCCCACCGGCGGGGUCCGGGAGCCCCGGCGCUUCCGCCAAAAACUGGGAGUGGCCCGGGUCCAGCCGGGGAGGGGGCGACGGUGCGGCGAUCGCGGAGGCCGCGGGAACAGUUCAGCGGAGCGGCGGCGGGAGCUAGCGCAGAGAGGGGUUCCGCGGAGGAAGGGAGGGUCUGGCCGCCAUCGGAGAGGCAGGCGCGCUGGAAUCCCGGGCAUUUAGCCGAGGGGGAAGGAGCCAGGUCCUGGGCUAGGGGGCGAGGAGGAAGCUCCUGGGGACAGUGAGCAGCCCUCGAGCUUCCCGCGGAGGCGGCUGCAGGAAGACUCCCGGAGCCCCCCGAAGUGGGGAAUGAGAGGGUCCACCUGAGAGGGACGGGCAGCUAGUGCGCACCUCUUCUCAGCAGCCCCACAGACCUGACUUCAUGUGAAAAAUGGCAAAUGCAGAAGUGAGUGUCCCAGUGGGAGAUGUCGUUGUGGUCCCCACUGAAGGAAAUGAAGGGGGAAACCCAGAAGACACGAAGACCCAAGUGAUCUUGCAGUUACAACCUGUGCAACAGGGGAUUUAUGAACCCGGGUCAGAGAACAACACGGCAGUUGUAGCAGUGGAGACUCACACAAUACACAAAAUUGAAGAAGGAAUUGAUGCAAGCACUAUAGAAGCAAAUGAGGACAUGGAAAUUGCUUACCCUAUAACUUGUGGGGAGAGCAAAGCCAUCCUCCUCUGGAAGAAGUUUGUGUGUCCAGGAAUAAAUGUGAAGUGUGUCAAGUUUAAUGAUCAGCUGAUCAGCCCUAAGCAUUUUGUUCAUCUGGCUGGCAAGUCCACUCUGAAGGACUGGAAGAGAGCCAUUCGCUUGGGUGGAAUCAUGCUCAGGAAAAUGAUGGACUCCGGACAGAUUGAUUUUUACCAACAUGACAAAGUGUGCUCCAAUACAUGCAGAAGCACCAAAUUUGAUCUUCUGAUUAGCAGCGCGAGAGCUCCAGUGCCGGGACAGCAGACAAGUGUGGUGCAGACACCCACUUCGGCCGAUGGUGGCAUCACACAGAUCGCCAUCUCUGAAGAGAGCAUGGAGGAGGCGGGGCUGGAGUGGAACUCAGCGCUCACUGCUGCCGUCACCAUGGCCACCGAGGAAGGUGUGAAGAAAGACUCGGAGGAAAUUUCAGAAGACACUUUGAUGUUCUGGAAAGGAAUAGCUGACGUAGGGCUGAUGGAAGAGGUUGUCUGCAACAUCCAGAAGGAAAUAGAGGAGCUGCUCAGGGGAGUUCAGCAGCGGCUCCUCCAGGCUCCAUUCCAGGUCACAGAUGCGGCUGUCCUCAACAACGUAGCGCAUACAUUUGGCCUAAUGGACACAGUCAAGAAAGUUUUGGACGACAGAAGGAGCCAAGCAGAACAGGGAGGAGAGCAGUCUCUCUGUGCUCUGGCAGACUUGGAACGCCAGUUGGAAGAGCAAAAGAAGCAAGCCCAGGACCAUAGGCUAAAAUCCCAGACAGUUCAAAACGUGGUACUGAUGCCUGUGAGCACUCCCAAACCUCCCAAAAGGCCGCGGCUCCAGCGGCCAGCCUCCACCACUGUCCUGAGCCCUUCUCCUCCCGUCCAGCAGCAGCCUCAGUUCACAGUCAUCUCACCCAUCACCAUCACCCCCAUGGGUCAGUCCUUUUCCAUGGGCAAUAUUCCAGUAGCCACACUCAGCCAGGGCUCCAGCCCUGUGACUGUCCACACACUGCCUUCUGGCCCUCAGCUCUUCCGCUACGCCACAGUGGUCUCCUCUGCCAAGAGUAGCUCACCAGACACGGUGACCAUCCACCCAUCAUCUAGCCUGGCACUGCUAAGCUCCACCACCAUGCAAGAUGGCAGUGCCCUGGGCAACAUGGCAACCAUGGUGAGCCCUGUGGAGCUGGUGGCCAUGGAGUCCGGCUUGACCUCGGCAAUCCAGGCAGUGGAAAGCACCUCGGAGGAUGGGCAGACCAUCAUUGAAAUUGACCCAGCCCCAGAUCCUGAGGCUGAAGACACUGAGAGCAAAGCAGUCAUCUUGGAGACAGAGCUGAGGACUGAGGAGAAAGUUGUGGCCGAGAUGGAAGAACAUCAGCAUCAAGUCCACAAUGUGGAAAUUGUAGUCUUAGAGGACUAAUGGGGUCUCGGGGCCAGGAGAUGUGUUUCGGUUUGGAAUUUUAAUUAUUUGUUUAUUUUUAUCAUUGUCCCACUCAUUUCCACAUAGGAUCCUUUUUUACAAAAACAAAAUCUCGUUGUAACUGAAAAUGUUGCCCCAUCCUCUCAUUCAAAAGUGGACAAACAAGCUACCCUUCCACAAGUUGAGAGGUCACUCAAUGUCCUAGUCAUCUAAGAAAGUUAUCUCUUUUAGAGGAGGCAUUGAAGGAACCAGAACACUUUUCAGACUAGUCUAGUCUAUCUGUGUACACUUGGUCUUAUGCUUGUAAAGAUGCAUUGACCAAACUCUGGAAUGCAGAUGUGGCGCUGGAAGGCAACUCAGUGUUAUGUUUUUGUAUCCUUGAAAGGCUCUGCCACAAAUGGAAGUUGAACUCUGCUUGGAGGGGAAGGUAGCUCACCAGUAACAGCUUAGAAAGGGAAGUGCUUUGUCAAGGACGGGCAAGGCUCUUAUCUUUCUUCCUGAAAUGUAACUGAUGCUGCUUGAGAUCUCUGAGGGUUGCUACCAGGGGUGCUGUGUUGCUGGUAAGUGGAAGGGCUCAUCUCCACAGAACAAGUGGCAGCAGUGGCCUGUGGUUUUGCAGAAACAGAAAUCAAGGAAUGCCACAGCUGUGCUUUGAGAUUCAAAGCUGGCUCACCUUGUCCUCCACUUUGUCAAAGCACUUACCCUCCCAACCUGGGGUCAGUCCAUUCAUUUGUAGACUAUGUGAUAUGGUUUAAAUUGCUCUGGUUCUUGAACUGUGGCUGUCACUGGGCUGGGGCUCCAAAGCCAUCGUUUCUAUUGCAUGUCUCCAGGAGCAGGGAAGUUCCUCAUCCAGACUAGCUGCCUAGUCAGUAGGGCCUGUUUGGUUUGGUUUGGCUUUGGAACUAAAAGCAGCCACUCAUUUUGGUGCUUCCUCUUGUUCUCCCUCCCAUCCCUCAACUCAGUGGCGUCUGUCCCCGAGACCCACACUCUUCAGCUUUUUGGCUGAUUUGGAAAAAUGACAGAUGCCUGCCUACCUUCAACCCCUUUUAGACUCACUUGUACCACAGAGUUUCUGUAAGAGAUUGAGUUCUUACAAACCUUAGGUGGAAACACCACCAGCCCUUCCUGAGGCCCCAGCUAGCUGUCUCCUGGGUGAGCAGAUUCUCUGUGAAAGAAACAUUGCCUAUGUCGUUGUACUCUGGAAAGUGCACCAGGAACAUCAGUAAUAAUGUCUUUGAGGGUGUUUUGUUUUGUUGUGUUUCUUUUUUCUUUUUCUCCAUAAAUGUUUAUAUAUUUGGAGCUGG